AUGUUUGGCUUUUCGCAAGAGAUGAGCGGCAUGCUCAACGCCUUUAUGAGUGAAAUACCUCCUGGCUUCUCUCAUCUGGGUGGGCGUCGUAGAAAACAGCAGGUUUCGUAUUCAUUGCCUGUGACUUUAAGCGACAUGUACAAUGGCAAGUCAGUUGAACUUCCAUAUUCCCGUACCAUUGCAUGCAUCUAUUGUGAAGGGUGUGGCACAAAUAGGAGGAAGAACACUGUCUGUCGGGUUUGCGAGGGUGCAGGUUGUCGCCCCAUUGUGCGUCAAAUGGGCAUGAUGAUGCAACAAAUGUCUGUGUCCUGCGAUGCAUGUGGGGGGUCCGGUCUCAAGGUGGACCCCAAGGAUGUCUGUCGUGUGUGUCACGGAAAAAGAACCACGGAAGUGGAAUCUACUUUAACUGUGACCGUGGAGCGUGGAAUGCAUCAUCAAGAGGAGGUUGCUUUCCCUGGAGAGGGGAACUUUGAUCCGUACACUGGAGAGCCUGGCGACAUUGUAAUCGUGUUGGAACAAGUGAAAGAUGAAAGGUUUGUACGUGAGGAGGAUGAUCUUCACAUAACCCAUACACUUACAAUGGCGGAGUCGCUCUGUGGGUUUCAAUUUACCUUCAAGCACCUUGACGGUAGGGAGCUCCUAGUGCGACGGGAGCGAGGGGAAAUAACACGCCCUGGUGAGGUGAAGGUUGUGGUUGGGGAGGGUAUGCCACGGCUGCGGCAUCCUGGUCAGUACGGUGACCUAGUAAUUAAAUUUAAUGUUGCCUUCCCGGAGAGAUUGGAACAAUCACAGGUGGAUACCCUGCGGAAAGCGCUUCCACCUCCUAAAAGCGUGGAUCUGCACCAAUACGACGACGUUGAGGAAUGCUACGUGUCGAGAGAGGAGCUGGAUCACGUCCGGAGGGAGUUGGAAGAAGACGCGAAGGAGGAAGAAGAGGGUCCAAGUGUUGGCUGCGCGGCACAAUAG